AUGCAGAAUGCCCGCAAGGACGAGGCGGCUUCCUCCUCGGGGUCAAGGCGCCAGCCUUCAUCUCCCUCUGCUUCCUCGCCAAUAGACACAUCCUCCAACUCGCUGUUCUCCUCUUCAAGAUCCAGAUCCCAACCGAAAGCAGCUCCAGAUGGUCGAUACGCAUUCCGGCAAUCCGUCCUUGACAUGGACGCGCUUCUCACCUUUUCAGAUGACGACCGCAAUGCCGACGGCAUCUUCGACCCUGUCUUGCCAGCGACCAAGCCGCGCUUCAAGCGGCCUUUUGGCAUGUCGGGCGAACGCCUGUUCAAUCAACAGCUCAAAUCCAUCGGUCAUGCGCAGGAUCCAAGCCCGACCGUAAAGCCCUUCGACAUCAUCCACAUCCCAGACGAGCCCGUCUACCAGCGUCCACCUACCGCCGACGACACUCUCGCUCUGCUGCUACCUCUCCUCAUCCUCCUCUCCACUUUGCUCUUUCUCUUGCUCCUCUUCAUCAUCCUUGUCAUCGUCGUACGACGCAGGGCCCGCAUCUCACUUGGCGAUUCGGAUGGCCCGCUCGAUGUCGGUCGCGAGGAAGAGCUCGAAGGCACAGGCGGUCUGGAUGGCAUCGAACAGCGUUGGCUCGAGUCCGUCGAAGGUCCCAUUCAGCAAGGCUACCGCCGCGCCAAGGAUUGGAUCCUCGCCUAUCCACCAGGCACCCAGUCGACCGACAUUACCCUCAGUCAGUUCCUCAGCAUCCAAGAAAAGGGCGUCAGCGCAUGGUCCUUUGACCCAGACUACGAGAGCAAUCCGUCCGUCUUUGUCGAGGCGAGGACCGAGAUCACCUUCAUUGCAGACGGCGAGGGCAUGGCGCCGCAGGAGGGCGGAGGCGUGUGCGUGCAGAGCAACCUGCCCUUGCCCAAGAUCAACGAAGUCUACUACUGGGAGGUCAAGAUGUUCAACAAGCCCGACAACACCAAUGUCGCCAUCGGUCUCACUACCAAGCCCUAUCCGCAGUUCCGUUUGCCGGGGUGGUCCAAGUACUCGAUCGGCUACUUUUCCAGCGAUGGCUUCAAGUGCCACAAUUAUCCCUUUGCAGCACAGUCGUACGGUCCCGCGUACGGUCAAGGUGAUGUCAUCGGCGUCGGAUAUCGUCCGAGAACAGGUACCGUCUUCUUCACACGCAACGGCAAGCGUCUCGAGGAUGCUUUCAUCGGUCUCAACCGCUACAACCUGUUCCCCACCGUCGGCGCUGAUGGUGCUUGUGAGAUUCAUGUCAACCUCGGUCAGGCUGGCUUCGUCUUUAUCGAAGCCAACGUGAAGAAGUGGGGCCUGGCUCCCAUGGUAGGAACACUGGCGCCGCCACCCGCUUACGGUCAGGAGCGCGGGACCAUCCUCAUGGAGAGCGGCCAGGGCAGCUCAGCGGAUGCCCAAGGAGCCACCUCGUCGUCGAACGCUGCUGGCGACGCCAAUAGAAGCGAAUCGCCACCUCCACCCAUCUCGCCGUACGAAGAACGCUCGCCCUCGUCUUCGCACAACCGCAUGACCACGAGCGCAAGCACAUCGUCUGUAGCACCUGCACGCACCUCAUCGCUCCGACCUCCGCCGCCUCGGCCCACCAGCCGACCGAUGCAGCUGGAAGACUCGAUGGACAGCAGCCCUCCCAAUCCGCCCACGCCGCAUCGUCUCGACAUCUCGCUCCAUUCGCUCUCCGACUCGUCUUCACGAGGAGGUAGCAGCGGUGCCGAAGACUCGUAUUUCCCGGCGACGCCUCCCUCGCCUGCCGAACUUCCACCUCCUGCAACGUCCACUCGGCCGCCCUCGUACGCCACCGCCGUAGAGCACGGCGCGCUGGGCGGAACCCCCGCAUCGCACCACCAAGCCCGUCGUGGCUCGGGUCGAACGCAUCAGUUGGCCAACGCAGUGCUCGGCAUGCUUAGCGAUCGAGGACUGCUCCAGCCGCUGAAUCAUAACAACCCCUCCCCGCAACCGAGUCCCACGCCUGGUGGGAAUGGGUACGGCGGAUAUGGAAGCGGGUACGGUGGCGGUCUGAGCGAGGCCGAGUACGAGAGGAUGCUCAGGGCCAACACGGCGAGAAACAGCCGUGGUGGCGCACCCACCAGCAGCGCAGCUGCGGGGGCCAGUGGAGACUACAGUUUGCAAGGAUGGGCCAGCUGGCUUGGUUUGAGGGUUGGUUCGGCAAGUGGCGCAAGCAGCGCGUCGGGGAGGAGAGCCUCCACGAGAUCGAGUUCGAGCUCGACCAGUGUCGUUCCAAACAGCACGAGCAGUAGCUCGGGGAGCGCUUGA